AUGUCUCCUACUGCUCUCGACGCUCCCACCCACCACGACUCUUUCACUCUCCCUGCCCAGCAGGACUCCAAGGUUCACCCCUCUGCCCGACGAACUCCUGAAGGCGGCUUAAUCAAGGUCGACAGCGACAGCACUAUUUAUGAGAACGAUGGCAUCAAGGCCAAGUUCACUGACAGGGGUGCUGAAGUCGUCAAGGGCCCUGAUGGCAAGUUGACCGUCAAGAAGACUGCAAAGGAGUUCGAGUUCUUUACCAAAUCCAAGGUCGGCCGUGUCGGGCUCAUGCUCGUCGGUCUCGGCGGCAACAACGGUACCACCGUGCUCGCCACCAACCUCGCCAACAAGAACAACAUCUCUUGGCAGACCAAGAAUGGCACUCAACACCCCAACUACAUCGGUUCUCUCGUCCGUGCCUCUACUGUCAACCUCGGUAACGACCCCGAGACUGGCAAGGACGUCUUUGUGCCCAUCUCGGACAUGCUGCCUAUGGUCCACCCCAACGACUUUGUCAUCGGGGGUUGGGAUAUUUCGGCCUUGUCUAUGGAUCAGGCAAUGUUGAGGGCCAAGGUACUGGAGUGGGACUUGCAGAGGCAGUUGAUCCCUCUUAUGAAGGAUGUCAAGCCCUUGCCAAGUAUCUACUACCCCGAUUUUAUCGCUGCCAACCAAGCCGACCGUGCCGACAACCUCAUCCCCGGUGACGACAAGCAAGCCCACCUCGAGCACAUUCGCUCCGACAUUCGCAAGUUUAAAGCCGACAACGACCUCGACUCUGUCGUCGUCCUUUGGACUGCCAACACUGAGCGAUAUGCCGACAUCAUCCCCGGCGUCAACGACACUGCUGAAAACUUGCUCAAGGCUGUCAAGGGCUCGCACGAGGAAGUCUCCCCUUCGACCAUCUUUGCUCUGGCUUCCAUUCUCGAGGGUGUGCCGUUCAUCAAUGGGUCGCCUCAGAACACGUUCGUCCCCGGCUGUAUGGAGCUCGCCGAGCAGCACAAGGCUUUCAUCGGUGGAGACGACUUCAAGUCGGGCCAGACCAAGGUCAAGUCUGUCCUCGCCGAGUUCUUGGUCAAUGCUGGUAUCAAGCCGCUUUCUAUCUCGUCCUACAACCACUUGGGUAACAAUGAUGGCAAGAACCUCAGCUCUCAGAGGCAGUUUAGGAGCAAGGAGAUCUCCAAGUCUUCUGUUGUGGAUGAUAUGGUCGCUGCCAACCCGGUACUCUACAAGACUGCUGCCGACCUUUCCGCCGAGACUGGCGAGGCUGUCAAGAAGGGCGAGCACCCCGACCACAUUGUCGUCAUCAAGCACGUUCCCGCUGUCGGCGAUUCCAAGCGAGCUAUCGACGAGUACUACUCUGAGCUCCUCAUGGGCGGUCGAAACAUCAUGAACAUCUUCAACGAGUGCGAAGACUCUCUCCUCGCCACUCCCCUCAUUUUCGACCUCGCCAUCCUCGCCAAUCUCCUCACCCGAGUCUCUUACCGCCAAGUCUCUGCUAUCGAGCCCGAAGCCGAGUUCCAGCCUCUGUACAGCGUCCUCUCGCUCUUGUCGUACAUGCUCAAAGCGCCGCUUGUGAAGCCUGGGGAGGACGUUGUCAACUCGCUCAACAGGCAGCGUAACGCCCUCGAACAGUUCUUGAAGGCUUGUCUUGGUCUCGAGCACUCCAACGACUUGUUGUUGAAGACCCGAGUCUGGUAG